AUGGCCGCAAACUCGCAGAAGGAAAAAAAACCCGAAGCUCGCCAACCCGUAACAGGGAACUUGUGUGACCUCCCCGAGACGGAGAACGCAGUGAUCGCCCCCUACUAUUACACAUUCACAAAUUUUUAUUUCCCCAUGAAAGAAGGGAAGACGCUGUCUGUAGCUUGUUCCGCUGGACAUACUUUUCAGUCUGGUACGCAAGAAGAGAAAAUCACCUGUACACCAGAAGGAUGGGAUCUUCCUGCCAUAUGUUUCAAAAAAUGUAUACAACCAUCUCUGGUUAAUGGGAUUGUACAUAAUGGAAAGGACUACUACAAAACAUCUGAGACAGCUCAGUAUAGCUGCUUUGAAGGAUUCACAACCAAAAGUGGUCAGAAAACGGAAGAGAUUCAGUGUUCUUCUGGUUAUUGGGACCCCACACCAGAAUGUCAUCAAUUAUCUGACAGAUGUGUAGCUCCGCCCCUUGAUAAUGGAAUUUACACAACAACAAAGAGAAAUGUUCCUAUUAAGGAGAUCGUACAAUACCAAUGUAAUCCGGGAUAUUAUACUGCCAGUGGAAGCAUUGCUGAUUGGGCUGAAUGUCGCCGUCAAGGCUGGUCAUCAACUCCACGCUGUACAAAAUCAUCCUGUGGAAAGUUGGCAAAUGUGAAAAAUGGGGGUCAUCACCCGGUAAAAGCCUUAUAUGCAGACAGGGAUGUGGUACAAUUCUUCUGUAAGGAAAAUUAUUCAGUUAAAGGCUCUGCAUUAAUUCAAUGCUAUUCUUAUGGAUGGGACCCCGAGCCACCUACUUGUGAAGAAAGAAAGAACAGAUGCCCACCACCACCCAGACCAACCCAUAGCAUCCUGCUCAACAACUCAUCAUUACAUCGCACUGGAGACAAUGUACAUUAUGAAUGUAAUGAUAACUACAAGCUAAUUGGCACUGAGCAAAUCCAUUGUGAGAAUGGUCAGUGGACAACUCCACCUACUUGUAUUGAACUCAAAGAAAAGAUAAAAUGUGAUAAACCUCCAUCAACCAAUAAUGGAACAACUUUGAUGGAAAAAGAGGUUUAUUACAGUGGUGAUUCUGUAUUCUACAAAUGUAUUGAUGGCUAUGAAUUGCAAGGAUCUAAUAAAAUCAUAUGUAAGAAGGGCAAGUGGACAGAGCCUCCUAAAUGCAAGGCCAAUAUUGAAGACUGUGGAAGCCCACCAAAAAUAAGCCAAGGUGAGCUUACUGAUACUGCACUGGACAGGUAUACUAGUGGCACUUCCGUGGAAUACAGAUGUCACAGCUAUCACUUAAUGGAAGGAUCUAAAACCAUAUACUGUACACAAGGAAUUUGGUCACGACCACCAAUCUGCUUGGAGCCCUGCACAGCAUCUGUGGAGCAAAUGAGAGAAAGAAAUGUUGAGCUUCAGUGGAGCUUUGAGAUUAACUCCAAAUUUUUACAUGGUGAUAUGGUGGAAUUUAAAUGUGUGGAUGGAUUUGACUUAUCAGCCCACGUUGAACUAAAAGGACUGUGUCAAAAUGGCCAUAUUCUAUAUCCAAGUUGCAGCAAGAAAGGUACACUGAAGUUCUGCGGUCGUCCUCCUGUUGUGAUACAUGGCAUAGUUAACCCAUCACAGCAAGUAUAUAUGACAGGAUCCAUGGUUGUUUACCAGUGUUCAGAGCAUUACUACUUGAAUGGAAAAAGCACAGUACACUGCUCCAAUGGAGAUUGGGAUGAUCCACCUAUCUGCAUAGGCUCAGGUGAUGUCAUGCUUAUCCUGGCUUCAUCACCAAGUGAUUUACUGACCUGGAGCAAGCAUGCUUACCUCAGGUUGGUCACUCACCGGGCAGAAAAGCAAGCAUAA